GGCACAGCUCUGGGGUGACACAAGAGCUCGUCCCUUGGCAGCAGAGCCAGCUCUCUGCAGGGCACCGAGAUGCUGGAGAGGCGUUUCCACCUCUGCCUGUGGGAUCACAGAAUCCUGGGAUGGUUUGGGCUGGAAGGGAGCACAAAUCUCACCUUGUUCCACCUCCCACCGUCCCAGGCUGCUCCAAACCCUGUCCAGCCUGGCCUUGGACGCUUCAGGGGUCUGGGGGCAGCCACAGGAACCUGUCCCAGGGUUUGCCCACCCUCCCGGGGAGGAAUUUCUCCCUAAAACCAACCCUGCCCUCGGUUUCCAGCAGGCUCCAGGGAAUAUCUGAAAAAACCACAGGGGUCCCCAAACACGAUGGGAUGGGAAUAUCUGAAUAUCUGAAGGAUAUUCCAAGGAAUAUCUGAACAAAGCACGGGGAGCCCCAAACACGAUGGGGUUGGAAUAUCUGAAUAUCUGAAGGAUAUUCCAAGGAAUAUCUGAACAAAGCACGGGGAGCCCCAAAUACGAUGGGGUUGGAAAGUCGGGGCAGUGCAGCUGCCUCAGAGGGAGGCUCGGAGAUUCCCGAGCAUGGGAAAGAGAAAUCCGUGGGGAAGAGCCCUGGAGGGAGGAGGAGAGGACACGGCAGCCAAAGGACACCGGGAUCCUGCAGGGGAAUGCGGGGAGCGGCAGCUCCGAGGGGCUCUCACACCUGUCCUGGGAAUGCUCCACCUUCCAGCACCCUGUGCCAGCUCCAGAUGUGCCGCCCUGGCUCCAGAUGUGCCGCCCUGGCUCCAGAUGUGCCAGCCCAGCCCCGGAUGAGAUGAGCUGGCUCCAGGCGCAGCCCCAGCCGUGUGUCCCGGGCAUUAAACACUGCCAGGACAUCCCAAAGGCACACCGGACACUGGAACCACUUCCCCCCGUGGUGCCGGCCGGCUCCUGCUCUCACUUCCACAAAAAUUCCCCGUCAAAACCCGGAGCAGCCCGGGUUUGCUGGCAGAGGGAGGCUCUGCUUUCCCCGGGGUGCAGGGAGGUUUAACUCUUCAAGCGACACGAAAAAGGAAGCCCCGGGCUCUGCAGAGCCGGGCUUUGGGAGCAGCAGAAAGGCGCUGGAGCAUCCCUGGAGCAUCCCUGGAGCAUCCCUGGAGCAUCCCUGGAGCAUCCCUGGAUCUCCCAGCCUCGGGAAUGCUGUAACAUCCUUGGAUGAGCUCAGAGGGGGUGACACUCAAACACCCCCAUCCCUCCAGGACUUUUCAUUCCUCUGGGAUCGCCAGGAUCGUUCUCACCCUGCCAGCGCCCGGGGCUGUAACAAUCCCCUGGGGACGGGCUCGGCUCUCCCGGAGUGUCUCCAGGUCCUGCCAGGACUUUGAGACGUCCCGAGGCUGCUGCUGGAAGGGAUCUGGGUUUUCCCAUGGACUGACUCACACCGGGAGGGAAACUCUGCUGCUCUGUGUGGGUCAGCCAGUGCUGCUGAGGAUUGCCACAUGUCCUGAGGAUUGCCAAGGUCAGGUAAUAGGGAGGCACUUGAAAUUUGACUCACUCAUGAUGAUCAGCCCUAAAACCAAACCAGGUCACCUCACCCUGCAGGAGAAAUACCCGAGCACUCGCUGCUGCUGGGUUGAAAAACAGCAUUUUGAAGCUUUUACUGUGGACUCUGAGCUCCCUGAGAGGAAUCUCGCCAUUCCUGACAGCAGGCUAUGCCGAGCGUGGGCCAUGGCGGGGUCCGGUGAGGUUUUGGUGCUGCCCGUCCUGCUCUGCGUCCUGUGCCGAGGUGCCGCAAACAUGGAGUGCAAGGGGAGCGUCUGGAUCGAGCCCGCGGCGGUGGUGAGGAUGGGCUCCAACAUCUCCAUCGGCUGCCAGCCCUCCCUGAGCUGCCCUUCGCUCCAGCUCGACAUCCUCCUCAACUACAGCCACGCUGAGGGCAGCCCGCUGUCCGGCGGCACCGUGAGGCUCCAGCUGCGCGAUUUCAGGAUGCCCUUGGCCACCGUGACCUGCUUCUCCCGCUGUGGGGACAGCCAGCGGUACGGGCUGGUGUGCGGAACGGAGCUGCGGGCGGGCUACCCCCCGGACCCCCCCGGUAACCUGAGCUGCGCCACACCCGAGGGCUCGGGGAGCCUGGAGUGCAGCUGGGACCAGGGACAGGACACGCUCCUGCCCACCCGCCACAGCCUCCACCUGCGCAGGGUGGUGGCAGAGGAUGAGGAGGAUGAGGAAGAGAAGAUCUUCCCUGCAGACUCACCUGUGCCGCUGAGAGAGCUGAACAAUGAGAGCCUCUACUCGGUGUGGGUGCAGGCCAGCAACGCGCUGGGCACUGCCCGCUCGGGCCCCCAGCACCUCAGCCUGCAGGAGAUCGUGGUUCCCGCUCUGCCCGUGAUCAUCGGUGCCGAGACCUCGGAGACGUCCCCUGCCAUCACCAGCACGCGCUGGAGGAGCCGGACGCGGCUGCAGAACGUGCAGUGCCAGGAGAGGCACCGAGUCAUGGGCACCCCAGUGUGGCACGUGGAGCUGUGUGACACGGUGACACCGGCGGGUCCCCGCUGGCAGCACGAGCUGCAGAGCGACACCGAGUUCGUGUUCCAGGUCCGGUGCCGGCUCCGCACCGCCCGCAACCCCUGGAGCGCCUGGAGCCCCCCCUUCCUCUACAGAACCCCCGAGACAGUCCCCGCCGCUCCCGCUGUGUGGCGGCGCCUGGGUCCGGCCCUGCCGAACGGCAGCCACGAGGUGACGAUCUUGAUCAAGCCUGCCCGGGAUACCCGGGGGAGGAACCUGAGCUUCGCCGUGUCCGCGCAGAGCCCCGAGGGGCGGCGGCUGCUGUGCUUCACCUCCGGCUCCGAGUGCUCGGUCCUGGUGCCGCCGGGAGCCCGCAGCCUCCUCGUCACCGCCCGCAAUUCCAAAGGGAGCUCCAGCCCUGCCAGCAUCCCCCUGGAGCGGGGGGAGGCUCGGGAAGAAUUCCCGGCACCAGGAGCUGUGGAGGUGAAGGCUGAGAAUCAGAGCAGGUUCCUGGUUUGGUGGCAGCGCCCCCGGCACAGCCGGAGCUCCCCGCUCUGGUUUGUGCUGGAGUGGAUUUCCAGCUCCCAGCACGGCCAGGACCAGCUGCUCCUCUGGGAAAAAAUCCCACAGCACCAAACACACACCUACAUCCAAGGAGCUCCCCUGAGCGUGUGGCUGUACGCGGUGUAUCCCGACGGGAUCAGCAGAGCCGGCUCCAGCCCAGUCCCUGCGGAGGAGCCGCUCCUGGGCAGCGCUCAAGAUGACAUCAGGGUUUUCCUGGGACUCAGCCUCAGCCUGCUGGGAUUGUCGGUUCUUUUCGCAAUUGUGAUGUUCAAAAAAUCAGUCAGGAAAAGGACUAAGGCCACCCUUGUGUCCCUCUUGCCCAAGUGGCUCUUUGAAGACUUUCCCCGCAUGGAGAACAGCAAAGUGGUGAAGUCACUCCAGGACCAGGGCGAUUUCCCCAGCGAGAGCCCCCAGGAGCCGUUCCCAGCCUGCGGUGACCCCGCGGUCACGGAGCUCCAGGAGGUUCCGGCGCAGGAGCGGAGCGAGAAGCUGGACAGGGAGGAGCACGGGGAGCUGCCCAGGAGCGUGGUGGUGACCCCCAGCAGCCCAAACCCAGAGCAGCUCGGAGCCUACAAACCCCAGCUCUCCAUCGGGACCACACCGGGAUACGUCGCCGCCGGGAUUCACCCGCAGCCCGCGGCCGCUCCGACAGCGGAGAUGGGAAUCUUCUCCCAGGACUACAGCAACCCUGUCCCCCAGCUGUGGCAGCAGCAGGGGGGACCAGCCCAGCUGUGCCUGCUGGAGAAGAUCCACCUGGUCCUGAACAGCAGCCAGGCGUUCCCAGAGCCGGUGGGACCCGGAUCCUUCCCGGAGAAGCGCUGGGAGCAGAGGCCGCCCAGCGAUGUCCCGGAGCAGAUGCUGGUACCUGAGGAGCUGCUGUCCUGCCUCAGAGCUGUCAACAGGGAGCCUGUGGAUGGAAAUCCCUGCUUCCCACAGAGCAUGGGAGGGCUGUUUGGAGAGAGGCUGGAACUGGGAUAAAGCCCUGGAGCACUGGGAUUGCCAGUGGAAGAAGCAGAGCAAAGCUCCGGGUUGGAAUUCUGCCCUCUUACCUCGCUGCAGGUUCUUGGGGCUGCCUGGGGAUCUUGGGCCAGGAAAUCCCAGUUUUAACCUCAGCUCAACUGGCAGAAGCAAAGAACCCACCAAGCUUGGAUUCCUGGAAUGCUGAGCAGGAGAUUCCUGCAGGGUGCAAUAACUUCAGUUACUGCUCAACAUCGUCCUCUCCUCAAAGAUUUGGAGCAUUUCAUUCCCAAAGGUUUGGAGCAUUUCAUUCCCAAAGGUUUGGAGCAUUUCAUUCCCAAAGGUUUGGAGCAUUUCAUUCCCAAAGG